AGUCGUCCUGACCAACAGCUUCAACGGAGGUUUCACAUACGACGACCUUUAUUACGAUGAGCUUUACGACGUCAACUACACGUGUACAGACACGUUAGAGUGCGAGGAGUUCUCCGCCCUCCCUCCCCCUCCAGAUUUCAUCCUCACAUUGCCUCCUCCUCCAGUCCCUCCCUUCCUCCAGGGAGCUAUUGGAAGGCUCCAGGAGGAGGGGAGGAAGAGGAAGAAGUUGGAAUCUAGUGAGGAUAAAGAGGAAGACAAGGAACAAGACUUGGAGCACGACCAGUGCUCCCUCUGUGAGUGGGCGACGGGCGGGAACAACACCCUCAAUCUUCUGCCUCCUCCAUCAGAGUCUGGCGUGGGCGGAGGGAUGAUCGGAGUCCUGGUAGGAGUCGCCUUCAUAUCGGCAGUCGUUGGAGCAGCCGUCAUGGUGAUUCUUCUGAGAUGCCGAAAGUUCAAGAUUCUUCCAUCUGGUCGAGAUACGUGCCCGAUGUUAUUACGUGGGACUUGGACGAAAGGUCCCAGCACGAACGCCCCAAGUAGCUCAAGUGGCACUGCAACACGUAGUACCGAUGGGGGAGGUACCGGCGGCGGCGUCAUCAGUAGCAGUGGUGUCAGCAGUGAAAACAGCAGCGAAGUGGCAGUCAAAGCAGUCGGGGAGAACCCUACUGCUGCGGGAGGAGGAACGACCCACACUGGCUGGAGUAUGAAACUUUGGCGUCGAGGGUCAUCGCAGGAACGCCCUUUAAGACCUUCUUCCUCCCAAGGCUCUGAGAAUUCGUACACAGAAGAGCCUUACGUUAAUGCUGACGCUCAUAGCGCCGUGUAUGCCGAGUUGAACUCGACGGGUUCAACUCCCGUGAGUGCUAGUGGUAUUUCGUAUAAUCCAUAUUCCCUUAAUACAUAUUCGGAAAUUCCUGAUCCUUUGAGGCCUAUGUCCAUUGUGUCUGGGGGCCUCAGGUCUUAUAUCACGGAAGGAACAUAUGAGAAUGCUGGGUAUGUGCUCUCAGAGGCGGGCAUUGAGCAUCCAGAAAGUUCAGUCGGGUCGACUUCUACACCUUCGUCCGCUUACUAUUCAGACGUGUCAUCCUCAGACAACCAAAAUAACAAGAAAAAAAAGAAGAAAAGGAAAAACGAAGAGCGCAACAACUUGAACCUCCAGCGAUCUUUGAUGCCCUCCAACAUAUCGUCGAGUGUGUCGAUGAUCAGCAACCAUAUCCUUGGACCUGACAGGCGACUUAAUGGGCCCGCAAGGGAGUUGCCGGGACAUGUGAUGGGACAGGCCAUUCACCCGGCCCUUCACAACCGGGAGCUCCUUCCUCUCGCUCUCGAGCUUCUUCCACAACACCUGACGCUGGACAACAGGGGCGUCGUCGAGGCAGUUUUGCCCCCACUGCAACCCAACAUGAAUGUCAUACAGACAGCAAACCAGGUGCAAACAUUGCCCAACCUCAAAAAUAUCAAUGAGACUAGAGCAGUUCUAAAUGCGUCUCAGAACCAAAUAUUAGGAAAUAUUUCUUCAGUCCCAUCCUCCGCGGUCCCUGUCGAAUCCCUUCCCCAUAACAAUAACCUUCAGGGGGUCCAAGAAGAAGAGGACGAAGAGGCAGCGCCCCAUAGGCCCUUGCCUCCCCUGCCUAGUCGCCAGGUCCAAGGGCCACAGAGGAGGGGCAUUUAUGUGGGUCAAAGUAAACAAGACCAACCCCUACCUCCUGUUCCUUCGGAAUAUGUGUAGUAGUGCUUCCUCUAUUUACCAUAACUUUCACAUGAAUAUGAAUGACUCUUGCCAUCAGUUGGUAGAAUCACUUUCAGAUGGGAUUGUAUCUGAAGAGGGAUGAGAUAAAAGGUCCUCUAACUUCGUGUUUCUUAGAAUUUUUUGAAACGACCUUUUUUUCCUGAAAACAUCCAUUGUGAUUUUAAGAUAAACACGUCGGAAAAUGAUUAGCUGUGAAUAAGGUAGAAUACUCACACAUUUGGAGUAUUCUUUUCCUGAUUUUACUCCAAACGUUUAGUGGCCAUUGGUGACAGACUAAAUGAUGAGGGAUAUGAAAGGUGAAAACUCAGAGGUAUCCUAUAAUCAUUUCCAUUUGGAAGUGUCGUAGUUUUGUAAAAGUCCACAUUUCCAUUUAAGUGAAAUCAGCUAGAGAUGGUUUCUCCGUAUCUAGUGUAAAGAUGUCCACUUUUUUUACAUCUCGUUUUCUUCAUAUUUAUGAGCUUAAUUUGGUAUUGUCAAGUAGGACAGCAAUGUGAACGGUGCUUGCAGUUGUUCUGGUCAGGAUCGUUGUGUAUUUUACAUAUCUAUCAUUAUUUGUAUUAUUAUAUGGCACCCAAAGCAUAGAAAGAGUUUUAUUUAACUAGAAUUAUGAUUCUAAUUUAUUGAUUGUUUUCCGCCAGAUCAGUGAUAUUAUAUUUCAUAUUCCACCGUGACCUAGCAUUAUCCAAUAGAUAACAGAUAAAGCCCGGUCUCAUCCAGUUGGCGACUCCGUCCCAACAAAGUCAUAUAUUUUUGGCAUUACAUAUUCAAAGCAAAUCCAAAUUAAAUUUUCCACACUACUUACAAACUCAACAGGAUUUUAAAUGGGCAUAAUACCUAUGAUGAUUUUAUGUUUUUGUGUAUGUAUAUAACUUUGUAAAGUGUGUAAAUAUAGAGCAUUACAUAGACUAAAGCUAGCUCACCAAGGAUUUUUUUCUGUAUAACUGUGAUUUGAUGGUAUUGAAAGUCUUACAAAUGCAUUAUUAUUAUUAUUAUUAUUAUUAUUAUUAUUAUUAUUAUUAUUAUUAUUAUUAUUAUUAUUAUUAUUAUUAUUAUUAUUUAUGGAGGGUACAGUAUUUCAAAAGAUACUAGAAGUUAAGCUACUUGACGUAGUGUACUAACAUAAGGUGCAUUUGCAGACUUUUCUGUAUAUUUCCUUAGAGGGACGGGAGAUCCAGAACAGGCGUUCUUCGUAAAGUGCCAGGCGUAUUUCGUAGUUGUCGGAUGUAUUCUAAACAUAAUAUAAAUGAAAACAUGUUUGAAUAGGAAUACCAACGUAAAUUUGCCUGGGAUAUUCGGAUAUAUAAGCUUGCGAACAGUAACCUCAAUCUUGGGCAAACUUAAAAUAUUUCCCGGUUCAGAUUAACUCUUCGAUAUGACUCCUCCAACUAUUAACCAGGAUUUCCACUAAAUCUAUCUUUGAUUUUACAGAACAUGAUGAAUGUCACCUCCUUAAAGAAAGAGAAGUGCUUCUCUAUUAAAAGUAACUUAAUUUUCCACCCGCCGAUGUUGCAUAUUUUCAUUACAAUGUGAGUUUUUCUUCCUAUACAUAAUCAUACAGUUUUUGUUGAGGAACUUGGCGUUUAAGAAGGUUAUCGAGAAACGCUAAUUUUUGGAAACUGUUAUUGCUGGUAUGACAUAAAAUAAAAAGAGCUGGGUACCCUGAUUUAAGAAAUGUAUCUUUUGAGACGUAUUGUUUCAGUCUGAGCCAUUACUGUGUUGUUGAGGUUACACUAUUUUAAUUCCAGUCAGACCAAUAAUUACAGCCGUAAAAAGUUCAGGCAACUAAGUCUUCCGUCAAGUUAGUUAGUUAGACAGCUGACCAAAUACGUCGUGUACUAAAGAGGAACAGUUUCUUGAUCUUUAAAAACUGUGUCUUUUGAUUUUUGUAGAUGCUGAUUUAAAGCUUUGCCAUUUGCGUUUUAUUUAGUGUAUCUAAGGUGAUAACAAAUUCAUUUAUCCGGUCAUAUCAAAAUUAUUUAUCUGUAAAUGAAAUUUUCUUCCACUCAUUUUUUAAGGUCAAGUAUACUUAACGAAGUCACCAUUCCCGUCAUUAUUUCUUUUCCAGCCACAACAUUUACAGUAUUUUUUAAUGUUUAUGAUAGCAUUUUGUAAGCAUUUUCAUCAUGCGGGCUCUGUCAUUUUGCGUGUGGAGCCGAGCGCAUCCUGGAAACUGGUGCUUGAUAGGGUUUUAUAGUCAAGCUUGCUGGUGAUUACCUGCUUCUUCUUCUUCUUCUUCUUCUUCUACUGUGUCAUCCACUCCCGUUGGUUCAUCUCCUGUGAUCCACGUUCCUCCUCCUCGCUCGGGCAAGAUAAAUGGCGUCAUUUUGUCUUUGUAUCACUUGUUUGCUUCAUGUAAUAAACUAAAUUUCCGAAAGCCUUUCCUUACGGCCACAGACCUUUGGUUUUUGUUUGACGCAUUGGAAGUUUUAUUAUUAUUAUUAUUAUU